AUGCCUUCUCAUCGCCUGCGCAUAGAUGGCGCCACGUUCCGAGAUUCACAGAAUCGGCAGGUCACUCUACAUGGCAUGAAUCUCGCGGGCGAUACCAAGUUUCCUCACGAGCCAGACAUACCGUCUCAUGUCCGGGAAGGCUUCUUUGACGGCGACGAUGUAUCAUUCGUGAAUCGGCCAUUCGCGCUUAACGAGGCACAUGUCCACUUCUCGAGAUUACGGCGCAUGGGCUACAAUACGAUUCGAUAUAUUUUCACCUGGGAAGCAUUAGAACAUGCCGGGCCGGGAAAGUAUGACGAAGCGUUUAUAAAACACACAAUCGACAUGAUACGAAUAGCGAAAGAGUAUGGCUUCUACAUAUUCAUGGAUCCGCAUCAGGACGUCUGGUCACGAUUCACAGGCGGUUCUGGUGCACCCAUGUGGACUAUUUAUGCAUGUGGACUGGAUCCGACCAAGUUGAAGGCCGGAGAGGCGAGUGUGGUGCAAAACACAUGGUCCAAUCCGGCCGAGUUUCCGAAGAUGAUCUGGGCGACAAAUUACUACCGAUUAGCUGUGCAGACAAUCUUCACUUUAUUCUAUUCUGGUAAGGACUUUGCGCCAAAGUGCAUCAUCGAUGGCAAGAACAUCCAAGACUACCUACAAGACCACUUCAUUGCCGCGUGUAAGCAUUUGGCGCAAAGGAUACAUGAGGCAGGUGACCUUGAAGGAGAAGUGGUGAUUGGAUACGAAACGAUGAAUGAGCCCAACAAGGGAUACGCAGGACAUCCAGAUCUGAACAGCAUACCAAAAGAGCAGAACUUGAAGAAACACACAUGUCCGACUGCAUUUCAGGCAAUGCUCACUGGCUCUGGCAGAGCACUUGAAGUUGAUACCUGGGACUUUGGCAGCUUUGGACCGUACAAGAGCGGGACGCAGUUAAUUGAGCCUAAAGGGACAAAAGCGUGGCUAGAUCCCGCGACGUGGAAUGACACCAAGUAUGGUUGGAAGCGAGACCCGGAAUGGAAGCUUGGUGAGUGCAUUUGGGCGCAGCAUGGCGUUUGGAGUCCACAAACAGACGAGCUGCUGCUGCCGCAGUACUUUGCCAAACAUCCAAGCACCGGAGAAGAGAUGAAUCAAGAAUACUGGACGAAUCAUGAAUAUAUGCAUUGCUACAGAAAAUACAAGGACGCCAUCCGAGAAAUAUGGCCAGAGGCUUUUAUGCUGAUGCAACCAUCACCUUUCGAGAUCCCACCCACAAUCAAGGGCACUCCCGAAGGCGACGAUCCCAACAUGAUCUUUGCAUCGCACUUUUACGACGGCAUCACCCUCAUCACGAAGAAAUGGAACAAGAUCUGGAACAUCGAUGUGCUUGGAGUUUUGCGAGGAAAGUACAGCUCUCCCGCAUUCGCGAUCAAGCUCGGCGAGACAGCUAUUCGCAAUUGCUUUAAAGACCAAUUGAGCACAGUGCGACAAGAAGGCAUUGAUAAUAUGGGCGUGCAUCCGUGCCUCUACACCGAGAUUGGCAUACCGUACGACAUGGACGAUAAGCACGCUUACGAGACCGGCGACUACAGCAGCCAGGCUGCCGCUAUCGAUGCCAAUUGCUACGCUGUGGAAGGCUCUGGUGCGCAGGGAAUGACGUGGUGGGUGUACACGGCUACCAAUGGUCAUUUCUGGGGCGACAAUUGGAACGGAGAAGAUCUGUCAAUAUACUGUGCAGAAGACAAGCCGCUGCCCUCACCUUCAAGUGCUGUUGGACGACCUAGCCUUGACGCUAGCAGUCCGAGCUACAGCGAGUCGGCGACUCAAGAUCCAGCAACUCCGAGCAGUAUUCGGAAGACGCUCAGCAUCGAUUCCAUGGAGGCCACGGCUUCCAAACCAGCUAGAGAAACCAAACAGGGAUGCCGCGCUGCAGAAGCCUAUACACGACCGGUGCCUGUGGUAGUACAUGGCACCAUUGACUCGUAUGGCUUUGACCUCAAGAAUUGCAUCUUCAAUCUGUCCCUCACGGCGCCUUCAAGCACUCCUACAAAUUAUCCCACGGAAAUCUUCCUCCCAGAAUUCCACUUCCCGCGGACAGGCAACCAGACCCAUGUCGAAGUCUCAGGAGGCAAAUGGGAGAUCAGGACUGUUGAAGAAGUCGAAGGCGCUGCACAGCAAGUCUUGCGAUGGUGGCAUAGCGAAGGUGAGCAGAGGCUCAAGGUUACCGGUGUUAAGAGGAAGAGAGGGCAAAUUGACGCGAACGAUGAAGCUUCUGAAGACAGUUAUCUGCAAGCGUAUUGGGAGAUGGGCAAGAACUGCAGUGUUAUGUAA